AUGAUCGUCAAGCCCGACAGUGUAGAAAAACUCCUUUCACGCAUCGAGGAAAGCGGUGCAAAAGACGAAAUUAUCGCUGCCCUCCUCGGAACAGGUCUUCCAAGCCCAAACAGGACCGUCUCCGUCAGAGGAACGCCGUGGACGCAAGCACAGUCUUCUACUGACAGUCGCGCUACAUCCCAGCCCGCUCAACCUGAUUCACCGACUGAGGAUGACGAAUACAACCACCCCGAAGAUCUGAUCUCACCUCUUAGCAUCGUUACGACUGCUAUCGCGACAAACACGUCUAUUCAGUGCGAGAGACUGCGAUCUCAGAUGCCGAUGCAGCCUGGUGUGAGGGAGGCCAUCAUGGCACCUAUAAAGGAACGGCUCGGUGCUUAUUUCUGGUACUUGUGA